UGUUCCCAUAGAGUAAUAAAGGGGUAUUUUCUAGAUGUCACGGCCCAGGCAGCUUCUUGAUUGAGGUGAGAGCUGACUUUUUUCUUUUCUUUUACCAUCAAACUGGAUUAUUGUUGAGGUGGGAAGAUGGUGCACAUGAAAACUUGGUUUCUGCAGAAGUCCUGAGGUUAUUUCUAUUAGUUAUUGCUGUCAUGAAGUCAAUUGGAGGCCUAACGCCACUGUUCAUCUGUUUGUCUAUACUGAUCCUAGUGUGUCCUCUAGUUUCAGCAGCCAGCUCUGCAUAUGCCAGUCUGUGGGGAAAGAAGCUGGAGUUCAAAGGCCCCCAGUGUCUUUGGCAGCUCCGACCAGAAGUGAAGGUUCCAGCUCUGACAGAGCUGAGCAUCUGCAUCCUUUUAAAACGUACUCUCUCAACAGAGUGGACAGGAUUUCUUUAUAGAUCUAGAGACUCCAAACUGAGAGAGUUGGGACUUGGAGGCAAGGCUGACAUCUUGAAAGUUUGGCUUUUUGGAAAACAAUACAAAAUAUAUAAGGAACUCGGAACAAAGGAAUGGAAUUCCAUCUGUCUUACAUGGUCUGCUGAAAACCAGAGACUGAGGGUUUACUUAAAUGGAACCAUCCUGAGAGAAGAACCUGUUUUUUCAGUAGAUACACACCAGCAACUGGGACAGCAUGGCACUCUGACUCUGGGGGUGUCUCAUAUUAUUCGACCUGAUGGUGAAGUGCAGCCAGAGAGUGCUACCAACCUGCUUGGUGAGAUAGGUCUAUUCAGAAUGUGGGGGAGAGAAUGGAGCGCUGAGGAAGUGAGCAGCCUGGGCUGCGCAGAUGGGGACGUGUUGAGAUGGGAUCUGCAGCAGUGGGAAUAUGACUGCCCUCCUGUGCCUGUCAACAAUCUAUACUGCAGCUGGUCUGAAUACAAAGUUCAAAUGUGGACAUCCAUAAGUCCUCCUAGAAACUCUGAAAACUGCUCCCUGCUACUAGAAGAAAUCACAAGAUACUGGCUUGUGAGCAUUUUUCCUAACAGCACUUCUGUCCAGGACAUUUUUAUUUCAUCUCAAAGGCCAACCUGCAAUGUACAUCAAAAGCAGGAUAUGGCAGAGAGAUCUAACACAACUUGUGAGAAAUGUUUCAGCUGUGAGGUCUAUGUGAUUGUGGAUCCUACAGCUGAUGUAAAAAAGGUUCAGACGGACAUUAGUGCCUUACUGAGUUCAAUCUUCUCUUUCAACUUCCUCACCAUAGAGGUUGUUUAUGACAGCAUCAUGGUGCUUCCUUCUGUAAUUUUGCCUCAUGUGACUGGACCACCACCAACCCUUUCAGCCUCAUUAACCACCUCAGAAAAAGGUCUAACAAGGAGUCCCCAACCGCAGCCUGUCAACAAGUCAACAACAGGAGGACCUUUAGAUCGCACCGUCGCAUUGGUCAUGCCAGACCAGUUUUUCCGGGUUAAUCUGACCUUAUGCAUUAGAGGGAGCCUUUUAAGACCAAAAGACUUCAUUGAGAACUGGCUAAAGCAUCAGCUUGAGACCAAUGGCACAAUGACAGUGGUGAAUCUUAUUAUAAAGGACAGUUCUAGUAGAAGCAUGAAAGAAUAUACUAAUUUGAUGACUUCCUACACUGAAGAGGAACAGUACAACUGCGCCUUCCAUGUUCGGGAGUUUCGCAAAAGCAAUGUGGCUGAUGUUGAGUCCAUUAUUUAUUUUGCCUUGAUAUCAAAAUAUGGAAAUGCUUCUUUUGAAAUUCAGACAAAGAAUGUAUCCAUCAAACACAUAGAGCCAAAAAACUGUUUAAAACAGGACAUUUCAUCUAUUUAUGGGCAAUACAAUUGGCCGGAAACAUUUCCACAAGACAUUGCAGAGAUGGGAUGUAUCAAACCAGUUUCAAAUAGAGCCUACAGACUUUGUAAACUAGACAUUAAAUCUGACACAACCAACUGGGCUUAUCCUGAUAUGAAAUACUGUGAUAAGGUCGUAACUAUAUCAGAGAUCAGCAACAUUACAGUCACACCUGGUAAUGCAGCUGAGGUUGUGGACAUCAUUCAGGACGCUGUCGAUGCUCAGCUCAGUAAUAAGCCGGGGCUGUCUUUCUCAGAGUUGGGAUCGGUGAUGGAAAAGCUAAGUGAAGUGGUUGAUGUAAGCAUCAUUGAGACUAUAGUUGGGAAUCGUAUUGUCCACAUUGUGGCCAAUAUCCUGCUUUCUGAAACUGAUAUAACACCAGUGGCUGACAUUUUCCUUGAUCUGACAGACCAGAUGGGUAACAAUAUGGAAUUCAGUGGGGAAUAUGCAAACAUCAAGGCUCAUGCACUUGCUUUUUCCAUGAUCAAUGUCGAUCCAGAAGAGUUUAACGGUCUCACAUUUAGUGUGUCCCUCUCAUCUACAAUGAACCCUGAGGUCUUUGUUAACCAGAGUUUUGUCAACCAAUCACAUGCAGAGGCACACGCAACGAUUUCUUUGCCCACUGAGCUUAUCAACUUUUUUCCACAUGGAGUCAGAAACACAACAAGGGUGCAGUUUCAUUUUUACGGAACACUUGACCUUUUUCAGGAUCCAUAUUUAAACAAUGAAACCACCAGGAAUAUGACAUUAAACUCUUUUGUAGUAUCUGCCAGUGUUAAUAACAGCCAAGUCAUCAACCUAAAGGAAAGAGUGGUGGUGACCCUCAAACAUAAAACACCCAAAAUGACAGAGGACGAAGUGCAAUGUAUGUUCUGGGAUUUCCAGAAGUACGAUGGCCAUGGUGGUUGGAAUAACAGUGGCUGUGAAACCCUGAGUGAAUCUGCUUACUGGACCAGCUGUCUUUGUGAUCACCUCACACAUUUUGCUGUCCUGCUGGAUGUAACCAGAAGCCCCCUCAGUGAUACUUAUACAGAGGUUCUCACAGUGAUCUCAUACCUUGGUUGUGGUAUCUCCGGAUUCUUUCUAGGAAUAACUUUACUCACCUACCUUAUUCUUGAGAAGCUGCGUCAGGACUAUCCAUCAAAGAUUCUUAUCAACCUGUCCACUGCACUGCUGGGUUUGAACAUUUUCUUUCUUGUUGACCCUUGGCUUUCAUCCUUCUCCAACUACGGUCUGUGUAUCGCAGCAGCUGCUUUCCUCCAUUAUUUCCUCUUGGCCUCUUGCACCUGGAUGGGCCUGGAAGCUGUUCACAUGUACAUUGCACUGGUGAAGGUGUUCAACAUCUAUAUGCCCUUCUAUAUAUUGAGACUAUGCAUUAUUGGAUGGGGUGUUCCUUUGCUGAUAGUCAGUCUGGUGCUUGCUAUUGAUAAAGAUGCUUAUGGUAGCUCAACACCUGAACUAGUAGGUGUGGCACUUCAAUCCAGUGAAAAGUUUUGCUGGCUUCAGAAGAAAGUUUUCUACAAUGUCACAGUGGUAGGAUUUAUUCUCCUCAUCUUCUUGGGCAACAUAACCGUGUUCAUUUUGGUUGUGAUCCAGAUUAAAAAAAUGAGGGCCAACAAUCCGUCAGCCAACAGCCGCACCGCUGUACAGGACUUGGGAGUGCUUGUUGGUCUGACCGUGCUGCUGGGCCUGACUUGGUCAGUGGGCUUCCUCUCAUUCGGGCCUGGACGGGGGGUCGUGUUGUGCUUGUUUGCCAUACUUAAUUCUUUUCAAGGGUUUUUUGUUUUUCUGUUUCACUGUUUGAUGAAGGAAAAUGUGAGGAAACAGUGGAGGAUUUAUUUGUGCUGUCGACGUUUCAGGAUCAUUGAAAGCUUAGAAUGGACUCGCUCUGUAACGGUGGGCCGCCGUAACAAAAAGCGCAAUCUUGUCAACUCUGACUCCCUUCCCUCAGAUAACAGCUCCUCCAUCAGAUCCAACAACUCCACCUAACAAUCCACAACACACUCACACCGCUAGGUGGCAGUAAUGAUUAUUUUAAUGAGUACCGAGAUUCAUUGAUAGGACACAAAUUCCAAAAAUAGCCUUUUUUUCCUUUUGUAAUAAACAAUGAGAGAUCACAAAAAAGACCUUUUUAGGUUUCAGGUGUUUUCACAUGGGACAAGCAUUGUUAUAAACAGCAUGGUCAGUUAUAAGGAACUGAAAAUCCUUUAUAUCAAAAGUCCAGUUAUUGUAAUGCUUUGAUGCACAAAGAGUUUUUAUUGUCACAUACAUCAAAAUUAUUUUAUAUUCUAAUAAAAAUGCUGCCCCUGCUUUCUUUAACUCUUUGUUUGUUUAACUCUUUUUUCUUUAAGUGUCACAAAUUUUGACCUUGAAGUGACCUAUCAAUCUUGAUUUACCUUUAUUUAAACUAAUAAGCUGAUGAGAAUCAGAGUCUGGACUUUUUUGUUUUGCCUGUAUUUGUGUUUUAUUGUAGACAAAUUGUAGCAAUGUAAUGUAAAUAACUAAACACAGUGAGUGCAUAGGAAUAAUAACAUUUAUAAGAUAUCUUCUGUAUAAUUUAUUGUUGAAAUAAA